AUGGCGAUCUUUUCGAAGUCUGCGGCUCUUGCUGCGCUUGCCUUCCUGGCGGCGACGGGAGAUGCCCACAUGAUCAUGAGGACUCCUGUCCCCUACGGCAAAUCAACCCUCAACAACUCACCACUUGCCGCCGACGGCUCUGAUUUCCCUUGCAAGCAGCGUACUGGCGUCUACGAUGCCGAGGGUGCCAGCAAUGUCGCCGCCAUCGGUGAGCCACAGACUCUGAGCUUCCUCGGCAGUGCCGUCCAUGGUGGUGGUUCCUGUCAAGUCAGUCUCACGACCGAUCUCCAACCCACGAAGGACUCCAAGUGGAUGGUCAUCAAGUCCAUCGAAGGCGGCUGUCCUGCCUCCGUUCCCGGCAACCUCCCUGACGAUCCCAACGGUACUGGUGCCUCGACUUUCAAUUUCACCAUUCCUGAAGGGAUCGCUCCUGGCGACUACACACUGGCGUGGUCAUGGCUCAACAAAGUGGGAAAUCGUGAAUAUUACAUGAACUGCGCACCAUUCACUGUGACGGCUGGGGUCAACUCGCCUUCUCGACGAACCGCCGGGGUUAACUCGCCUCACUCUCGACAAACUGCGAAGGUAAAGAGACAGACAAGUUUCCCAGAUCUGUUUGUAGCCAACCUAGCGAGCAUUAAUCAAUGCGUAACGGUGGAGGGUUUCGAUUACCAGUACCCAAAUCCCGGCUCCGAUGUCCAAUCAGCGGGCACGGGACCUUACACCGCCCUGUCAUGUGGCUCUGGGAAUGGAAAUAACACUGCUCAGCAACCCACAGGCUCUCUGCCUUCUGUCUCUGGAACUCCCUCUUCGGCGCCCGCAUUUGCCAGUGGCAAUGCUGCUGGGCAAUCCACCGCUGCUCCAAGCUUGGCACCUGGGAACUUUGCGAGCGGUGCAAAUUCGGUACCUCCCUACCCUAAUACCACGUCGCCCACUUCCGCUGACCCUCUCCAGGUUGUCCCCGUCACGACUCAAGCCAGCGCUGCUGCAGCGACUCAAACCUCCACUGCAGGCGCAUUGACAGGCCCUUGCACAGACGAAGGCGACUGGAACUGCAUUGACGGGAGCAGCUUCCAGAGAUGCGCCUCGGGCAGCUGGAGCGCAGUCAUCCCAAUGAAUGGAAUGGCAUGCACUCCUGGAAUUUCCUCCGACUUCGUCAUGACAGCGGCCAAAGCAAAACGCUGGCAAGCCUAA